AUGUUUGCUUACAUCCGUGGGAACUCGAAGCAAAUCCCCUACCGCAGCUGCAGCCCACGCACCUUCCUUCAGUUCGCGCGAUUUGCGCACCUUCCCCAUCUCUUCAUCAUCUUGACCCGCAGUUCCACCUUGUCAAUGCGCAACAUCGAACCACCCAUCUCCAGUCUCCACAAAUCAGACGAUCUGUGGGCCAGGGAUGAUGGACUGAUCGUCAUCAUCGCUGGCACCACCGCCUUUUGCGUACACCAAAGCGUUCUUACAACAGUCUCCUCCGUGUUCGGAGACAUGUUGAACCUUCCUCAAGAAGGUGAUUGCGAAACUAUGGAAGGACGUACUGUCGUGCGCGUCCCAGAUUCCGAAAUCGAUAUGUCGCAUUUCCUCCGAAUGGUGUUCCGCCCGGGCUACGACAGUCUCGCCUACGAGGCUGAGCCAAUAGCCUUCUCUGCGCUCGCGUCCUUCCUCCGCAUGGCACACAAGUACGACGUAGAAAAGGGCGUCGCCGUCGCCGUCGACCGUCUCUCGCGCCGUUUCGGCGCGCCGCUCCACACCUCACUCGGUCACCGUACCACCUGGGACAAGGUCGAAGCCCACCUCAACGCCUCCUCGGGGGUCACGUUCGACCCCGCCGAUGCCAUCGAGGCCGUCAACCUCAUGCGUCUCAUCAACUCUUCCGCGACAGGCGCAGACUCUCCGCCCCGCUUCGCAGACACCGCGGUCGCGGUCGCGCUCUUCUACUGUUGUGUCGCCGCCGACGGGAAGCCGCAGAUUCUUCGAAACGGCUGGGCUCGCGCGGACGGGACGACGGAGGUGCUCGACGACGCAGAUUUCGGACGAUGCGUCACCGCAAUGGUGUGCCUCCGGCAGGAGUUCGACGACGUCGUAGGGCGGGCGAUGGUCGCCUUCUGGGAAAACUACGAUAAUUUCAAGGACGACGUGGGUUGCUCCCGGAAGCCCCAGAGUGCCGGCGGACGUGGUCCUCCGGGGAUAUGA